AUGUCGUCGUCAGGCAGUUAUUUAAUAAAUGUGCCGAAGUUGAAGGGACGCGAGAACUUUGAUGACUGGGCGUUCGCGGCAAGAAAUUUUCUCAUCUUGGAAGGUAUAGACAUCGAUGCCAUUCCUGUGGAUUUAAGUGAUGCAGAAGACAGAAAAGCGAAAGCAAAACUCAUCAUGACGAUUGAUCCCAAGUUGUAUGUUCAUAUAAAAAAUGAAACUAAAGUCAAAGAUUUGUGGCAGAAACUACAGAAAUUAUUUGAUGACAGCGGAUUCACCAGAAGAAUCAGUCUACUAAGAACAUUAAUAUCCAUUCGACUUGAUAAUUGUGAGUCCAUGACAAGUUAUGUGAGUCAAAUUGUGGAAACUGCACAAAGACUGAAAGGUACAGGAUUCGAGAUUAAUGAGGAAUGGACUGGAUCAUUAUUGUUGGCGGGGCUACCAGAAAAGUUUGCGCCUAUGAUCAUGGCAAUAGAACAUUCCGGUAUAGCUAUAAACUCUGAUGUCAUCAAAACAAAAUUGCUUGAUAUGAGUUCUGAGGUCGGUGACCAUGACUCGGAAGUUGCAUUAUUGUCUAAGCAUAAAAGUAAGUUUGGUCAAAAUUUGAAUAGAAAAGGCGCGAAACAAACAUCUAAUCAUAUGUCAAAUACCAAGAAGGUUAUAAAAUGCUAUAAGUGCAAGAAAAUUGGCCACUUCAAAAACCAAUAA